AUGGACUUCCGGGUCAUCCGGGUCAAAGAGGAGAACCAGGCUUUCAAGGAAAAACGGGCCCCCCAGGGCCUUCAGGGGAAGUCAGGGGAACCUGGACCAACAGGAGACCGCGGUCACCCGGGAGCACCGGGCGUACCCGGAGAGCACGGUUUACCUGGGGCUGCUGGGAAAGAGGGCGGAAAGGGGGAUCCUGGUUUACCGGGGACAUCAGGGAAGAACGGUCCAACUGGACUGAAGGGGUUCAGAGGGAGCAGAGGAGCUACUGGAGUUAUGGGACCUCCUGGUUUGAAAGGAGCAACAGGCCCCGGUGGAUCCCCCGGAUCUCUGGGGCCAUCAGGAGAACGAGGCCCUCCAGGACCAGCCGGGGCAAUCGGACAGCCUGGUCGUGCCGGAGCGGUUGGAGGACCGGGACCAAUGGGAGAGAAGGGGGAGCCUGGAGAGAAGGGCCCUAUUGGACCUGCAGGUAAGGACGGGGAUCUGGGUCUGGUAGGAAUGCCCGGAGCAACAGGACCUGCAGGACCUUCGGGGGAUGAUGGGGAUAAGGGGGAGCAGGGAGGACCUGGACAGAAAGGCAGCAAAGGAGACAAGGGGGAAGCGGGCCCCUCGGGUCCUACUGGCACCCAGGGGCCAGUUGGUCAGCCUGGUCUUCCAGGUGUAGAUGGGCUGUCUGGCCCUCGAGGGCAGCAGGGUAUGUACGGCCCCAAAGGAGACGAGGGGCCCCGUGGUUUCAAGGGCUCCAGAGGGCCAAGAGGAUUACAGGGUAUGCCUGGCUUACCUGGAGAAAAGGGAGAGAGCGGACAUGUUGGUUUGAUGGGUCCACCUGGACUACAAGGCCCCAAUGGUGCUCAAGGACCUAUGGGAGGACUGGGACAAACCGGCAGACCUGGGAUGAUUGGACAGCCGGGUGUUGUGGGGGAAAAGGGAGAGGAUGGAGAAGCGGGUGACCCUGGACCAGUCGGUAUUCCAGGAAGGCUAGGUGACAAAGGAGACCAAGGUGAAAAGGGAGAUACGGGCCCUCCAGGAGCCGCCGGUCCCCCGGGGGCCAGGGGCAUUCCAGGAGAGGAUGGAGCAAAGGGCAAUGGUGGUCCUAUAGGUCUGACUGGUGACCUUGGUCAGCAGGGAGAGGCAGGACCCAAUGGUGUAGAUGGCCUCCUUGGAUCUAAAGGCGACACCGGAGAAUCUGGUAAAUCUGGACCCCCAGGGGCAACAGGGGAGCCUGGACCACCGGGGCCUCCUGGACGAAGGGGACACUUGGGAAAACCCGGAAAGGAAGGAAAAGAAGGCCUGAAAGGAACAAAGGGGACCCCUGGACUGGAGGGUCCCAUUGGAAAGACGGGACCCAGAGGUUCUCAAGGGCAUCCAGGAAAAAAUGGUCCACAGGGCCUGAGAGGAAUCCCUGGACCAGCAGGUGAGCAGGGUUUAAAUGGGCCACCGGGUCAAACUGGACCUCCAGGUCCCAUGGGUCCACCAGGUUUACCAGGCCUCAAGGGAGAUCCUGGCAGGAAGGGAGACAAGGGUCACGGUGGACUAAUCGGACUCAUAGGACCUCCAGGAGACAUCGGAGAGAAAGGUGACAGAGGACUACCAGGAAGCCAAGGCCUUCAAGGUCCAAAAGGAGAUGAGGGUCCAGUCGGCCCACCAGGCCCACCUGGACCUCUGGUCCCACAGGACUGUCUGGUGCUAUUGGUCAAAAAGGCUCCAAAGGGAACCAGGGUCCGAUAGGUCCCAGAGGAGACACCGGCCCUGUGGGGCCUCCAGGACCACCUGGACGGGCCGCUGU